CCGUUUUACCAAAUAUCAGCGUUUACAGUAAUUGAAAUGUAAAAAAAUGGUUCAUAUGCAAAAAUAUCAAACAUUGAACAUUUUUGCUGCAUCAGACAUUUGCUGAUAUACCGUGAAACGGAAAAUGAUUAUCAGGCUUGAAAACGGGACUGAUUUCGGGCCCGAAGUUGGGAAGUGUGAAUGUAAUUGGUGCUAAAGUGUGGAUGUUUAUUGCAAGGUCAAUUGGCACCUUAAGUUUCUUUCUCUGUGUCUGUGGUGUUUUUACAAAGAGCAUAUAAUCACUACGUUCUAGUGUUUUUAGUGUGUUGAUUAUUAUUAGGAGUAGCAGAGUAUUUAGGUAUUUAGCGAUUAUAUUAAGAUUUCAACUGUUUUUUAUCAUCAAUCUCAACGGGAGUGACUCCUAAAUAUUUUCUCGACAUUUAAGUGUAAUUUUGUUGAACCAUAGUACUAAAACCGAUUAGUAAGGAUCGUGAGGCUGUAUUGAGUUGUUAUCAAUAUAUUUCCUUUAAAUCUGUGUAAUAUAUGCAAUGGAGAUGAUACACCAGUGCCACUGCUGCCUGCGGCGGCCUCCAUCGAAAGAUAUGGAGACGCCGUACACCCGUCUCGGAAUAACGGAGAUAUAUUCGGUCAUGUUAGAAGAAUGCUUUGCAAUUGAUGUAACUGUGGGCAAAGACGGCAAGAGUGGGAUCUGCGAGAAAUGUGUGGGCCAGCUGCGGGAAGCAUGCCACUUCAAGCUGCUAGUGCAGCACAGCCAGGCCAAGCUGCGAGAGAGUUUGGAGAUGGAGUAUCAUGUCAAAGACAAGGAGCCCCCGGCUGUGCCGUCUGAAGAAGGAACAUGUGACAAUACCUCGCUACAUGAAGAGUUAAUCAUGAAGUCCGAAUGCGAGGAUUCGGACGCGGCGAACAACGAGGACUGCAUGUCACCCGCGUCGGGCGAUGUAGCCGGCGCGGAGACGGAGGCCGCCCGCGCCGAGGAGCAGCUCGCUCGGGCUUGCUGCGUGCGGCUCGAGCGCCUCCGCGCCGCUCCGCCCGCGAGCCGGCCGCGCCCCGCCGCCCCGCGCCGCGCCCGCGCGCUGCGGGGGGCGCCCGCGUCCGCCGUCCGCCGUAACACAUAA